AUGUCUUCUCCAUUAAUACAACUAGUAGCUACAAAAUGUCCAACUGAUGAACUUUCUUUUACUAAUUGUGCUGUGAUUAAUGAGAAAGAUAUUGAUCCAAAACGUGUUCGACAUAUUGAAUUAUCAUCAAGUAUAACAAAUACAAAAUUUGUUUUUACAACAAUUAAAUAUGCAUCAAUGUCACAGGGUAAAAUUGGUUUUAAUACAUUACAACGACGAUGGGCUGGUAUUGAACUUGAUCGACCAUAUCAAAUUCGUCCAUAUAUGUUUGAUAAAAAUGUUCAAUCAAUUGCAACACUUGUACUUGAAGUUGAUUUUUUGAAUAGAAAAAGUACAACAACAGAUCCAUAUGAUACAGAUAAAAUGGCAAUAGAAUUUUUACAACAAUAUAUUGAUCAUGCAUUUUCAAUCGGACAAUCUUUACCAUUUCAAUUUAUGGAUAAAAAAACUUUAUUAGUAGCCGUUAAAGAAAUUGAAGCUGUUGAUUUGUCUGCUGUUGCUCGAGGACAAAGUUCAAAAGCUCGAACAAUUCCACUUGGAGUUUCACUUGCAAAUACAAUGGUUGUAUUUGAACGAGCUGAAGGUUCAUCAAUAAAUUUAGCUGGAAAAUCGAAAGGAAAAUCACAAUUUGUUUCAAUAAUUAAUCCAGAUUUUGACUUUAAAACAAUGGGUAUUGGUGGUCUUGAUGCAGAAUUCAAUGCAAUAUUUCGUCGUGCUUUUGCUUCACGAGUUUUUCCACCUGAAAUUGUUUAUCAAUUAGGAAUGAAACAUUGUCGAGGCAUCUUGUUAUAUGGUCCUCCCGGUACAGGAAAGACAUUGAUGGCUCGACAAAUUGGUAAAAUGCUCAAUGCUCGAGAACCAAAAAUUGUUAAUGGACCACAAAUUCUUGAUAAAUAUGUUGGAGAAUCAGAAGCAAAUGUUCGAAAAUUAUUUGCUGAAGCUGACGACGAAGAAAAAAGACUUGGACCCAAUAGUGGUUUACAUAUAAUUAUCUUCGAUGAAAUCGAUGCUAUUUGUAAAGCUCGUGGUUCAGUGGCAAGUGGUGCUGGUGUUCAUGAUACAGUAGUUAAUCAAUUAUUAUCAAAAAUAGAUGGUGUUGAUCAAUUAAAUAAUAUUCUUGUUAUUGGUAUGACAAAUCGUCGUGAUAUGAUUGAUGAAGCACUUUUAAGACCUGGUCGACUUGAAGUACAAAUUGAAAUUGGUUUACCAGAUGAAAAUGGUCGAUUACAAAUAUUAAAUAUUCAUACAUCUCGUUUACGUGAACAUAAUAAAUUACAUUCGGAUGUUGAUUUAAAAGAAUUUAGUGAAUUAACAAGAAAUUUUAGUGGAGCUGAAAUAGAAGGUUUAGUUCGAGCUGCAAUGUCAUUUGCAAUGAAUAGACAUAUUAAAGCUGGUAAACGUGUAGAAAUCGAUCCGGACGCAGCAGAUAAAUUACAAGUUUGUCGAGCAGAUUUUAUGCAUGCUUUUGAAAAUGAUGUUAAACCGGCAUUUGGUGUUAGUAAAGAAGAAUUUGAUUCAUAUAUAUCGAAUGGUAUUAUUAUUUGGGGACAAUCAGUAACUGAUGUUCUUGAAGAAGGACAAUUACGUAUACGACAGACAGUUAAAAGUGAAAUGACACCACUUGUAUCGAUUUUAAUUGAAGGUCCACCAAAUAGUGGCAAAACAGCAUUAGCUGCUCAUAUUGCACUUCUAUCAAAAUUUCCAUAUUUAAAAUUUUGUACAGCACAAACAAUGCUUGGUUUUUCUGAACUAGCUAAAUGUCAACAAUUAAAAAAAAUUUUUGAAGAUGCACAUAAAUCAAGUUUAUCAUGUGUUGUUGUUGAUGAGUUAGAAACUUUACUUGAAUAUGCACCUGUUGGUCCACGUUAUUCAAAUAAUGUUUUACAAACAUUAAAAUUAUUAUUUAAACGUUCACCACCAAAAGGUCGAAAAUUAUUAAUUAUUGCUACAACAACAUAUCGUGAUAUUCUUGAUCAACUUGGUUUAUUAGCAUCAUUUUCAAAAAUAGUUCAUAUAGCAAAUAUGAGUAGUGGUCAACAUAUUCUUCAUGUUUUAAAUGAAAUUGAACAUUGUUUUAAUGAUGAUGAAAUGAGAUAUUUAGAAAAAAAAUUACAUGACAAAAAAGUAUGCAUUGGUAUUAAAGCAUUACUUGAUUUGAUUGAAGUUGCAAGACAAGCAGAUGAUAAGUCACGUGUUGGACGUUUUCUCAGUCAAUUGGAAGAAGUCGCUGGAAUGAUUUAA